AUGUUGCAAUCAAAUCCUCUACUCUUGACAAUCUCAAAUAUUUUAGAUGAAAUAAUCAAAGAAACUGAUACACUUGAGAUAGAGUAUAACUCUAUUUUUCAUGCAAAUAAAGCUCCUUCAAUUACAAUCUACAAUUACUUGCAAAGAAUAGCUAAAUACACACAUUGUAGCGAAUAAUGCUUUGUGAUUGCUCUUAUAUACUUAGAUAGGUUGCAGGAGAAACAUACAUAUCUUGUGUUGAAUUCCCAUUGCAUACAUAGGUUUCUUUUAAUGUCGCUUCUGACAGCAAUCAAAUUUUAGGAUGAUGAUUACUACAAAAAUGAGUACUAUGCGAAGGUAGGAGGAGUAAAUCUGAAGGAGAUAAAUGUAUUGGAGUAAGAAUUCCUGGAAUACAUGGAUUACUAAUUAUUCGUAGAUGAAUAGUAAUACGCUAUAUAUGAAAGAAGAUUGCUCGAAUUUGGCGAGAUUGAAAUGCCAUGA